GUUCGGAUCGGAUCGGAUCGGAUGCUGUCCGAGGGAUCUUUUAAAGGCGAUUGUAGCUCUCUUCGGACUCCUUUGAUGCGUGGGGAUAACUGGAGCUACCAGUUAAGUCAAGUGUAUCGCGCCGGGACGAAGUAGUACACUGUUUCUUUCCGGAGUGCGUGCAUCGACGUUCCAGAGGAUUGGCAACCGCACAACAGAAUAGAGGAGUUACAUCCUGGACUAGGGAGGGCAGGAACUACUGUUCACCGAAUUGUUAAUCAUGAAACUUCAUCUGGUGGCUACAGUUGUGUGGAUAGCAACCGUGACAGCGACAUUGGAGUCCGAUUCCCGUGGAAACUGGAGCAACGAAAAGACAGUUUCAGAGCACAGAUUUGAGAAAACCAUAGUCAGUCAAGCGAAGGAGGAGACAAAGAAAGCCGUCGACGGCCAAUACACGGUCAACCUGAACAAUAGCGACGAGCCCCAGAACACUUCUCAGAAGAACAACCCCGAGGAAUCAAGGAUAGCGACAGUCAAGUUCAUCCCAGUGAAUGAUAACGAUUAUGGGACGAAUGAAACCCAAAUCGACAGCCAGCAGCGACACUCGAAGCAAGUGGUCCAACCGUACCUCGUCUCCGGCGAUGAAAGACGAGCCCAAGAGAACGGUCCGAACGAAUCAGACGCUGUUCCAAGACCAGCACGAACCAGUCAGAACGUCCCCAACGACACGGUCACGGUGGAGUACCUGCGGUCGCAGGAAAUUAUACUUCAAGAGUCGACCACCUUCCCCGCUACCCAAGAGAACAGCUACAACGACUUAGGGUAUUCAGUUCCUGAGGAGCAAAUCGACGUAGAGACAGCCGGAGAGUUCGGUCAGAGGGUCCGUUCGCCCGUAUGGAGACAGAGGAGCAAUAGCUUCGGUCGACUGAAAUUUAGACAGCCUGUUGACAACGCAUCCACCCCUGAAGAGUACAGAAAACACAGCAGAAAGUACACGAGACCACUAGGCUCCAAGAAACCAAACGUUUCAGAAAAUGCUCUCGGUACGUCCACGGACGAGCAAGUACUGUUCUCGUCGGUCACACCUGCGGAGUCUCAGAAAAUUCAGAGGCAGAAGGAUACCGAGGAAGACCAUGUUAAGAGCGACUACUAUCAAAGUAGCAAACCGACAAGCCUGCCUUGGUCAACCGAGGAAGGGUCGCAGACGGCGAACAGGGAACAGAAGCUGAAGAAACAUAAUUUGGAGCUGUAUAACAAGGAGAGUGGCUCCUCGACUGGGACAGUGUCCCUGGGUAAAUUUUCUGGGCCCAUCGUGGUGCCAGACUUGCCCCGUCAGAAGAAAUACUCCUCCAGCACGGUUGAUUACUUGGGUAACAACGAGGUAUCCAAAUCCACUGCAGAAACAACGAGAGCGAAAGCGUCGGAAACAGGAUACCUGACGGCAUCUUCGGUUAUCCUGAAUCCUCUGCAGGUCGGCGUUGCUCUAAUGAACGCUGGUCAAGACCUGCAUUCGCUCAAUGAUCCCGACACAGCGACUAAAGACUAUCUCCAGGACGAGGCUCACUCCUCGCAGUUCGUCAACCCUAGUUCAGAGAGUGUCAUACGAAACGACUCUGCAGACGGGGGUAAUACUAAUCUCCAAAGCGAUCAAUUACCCCAACAAGAACAAGUCUCCGAAGUGUCAGCGCCGAAUGCCCCCACGCAUUCAGUGGAGAUACAGAAGUCGGUGGAGAUUUAUCACACGGCGCCGGUGCACGAGAUCCAUUACCCUAUGGAGUACGUUCCGAACAACGAGCAACCUCUGGCCAAGCAGAAUGACUACAGAAAGAUUCAGAAGGGUCAGUUCAAGGAGAGGAGGCCAGGCCAGGUCAACGUCUACAAGAGCAACGAGGUCACCGACGAGAUAGUCCUUGGGAACAGUCAAGAACGUGGUCGUUAUGAGUACAAUGCAAGCGAGAAUGACGUCGUUUACUCUGCUAGCAAUGGCCAAGCUACUUUCGGUGCCAGGGAACAGCCUUCCAGGGUAGUGGAACUGCUGCCAAACUUGGCGAACCUGGGAGGCAGGGACGUUCAAGGAACUCAAGAGCUGCCUCAGAUUCUGUUAAAUAAACCUGCCAGUGAUACGCAAACGGAUCCACAACUGAGGCUGGUGAUGACCGCGCCUCAGCCAUAUCCUGUGGAGAAAGUGAUCGAAAAACAAAUAACGAUCCCGCAACCUUUCCCCGUGCACGUGCCGGUGGACAGAAUAGUGGAAAAGCAGAUUCGAAUUCCUUACCCGGUGCACGUGGAGAAAGUGAUCGAGAAGAAGGUGCCGAUCGCGAUCCAGAGGGUGCUCAUUCCAUUCCCGAUCCACUUCAGGGUGCCGCAACCGGUUCCAAUUCCGGUGGAGAAGGUAGUGGAGAAGCCUGUACCGGUGCCAGUUCCAGUGGAAAAGGUCGUGGAAAAGCCAGUGGUGCAUGUCGCAAGGCCGUAUCCUAUAGAGGCUGCAAAGUUCGUGAAAUCCGUGGCAAUCCCAAUCUACAACGUUCAGAACGACGGGAACUACCAACAGGUGAUCAGACAGCAAAGUUUCCAAACGCUACCGGGUCCCCCGUAUGGGUCCGUCAAUGAGGACCAGGGUUAUUACAACAAUAAUUCGACGCAACUCUACGGUCUUGGUUACGCUCUGAAUCGCCCUUUAGCUAGGCAACCGGUGGUACCUUCGCUGCCGAAGAAGUUCGGAUCGUAUGGAUCCCAGUAUUCCCAUUCCUAUUCGCAUGGAAACAAUGGUGGUAAUACAGUGUCUUACGGGAGGGUCGAGAAGGAUAAAAUCCACGAUGAAUACGUGGGUCCUGUUCCAAGAAAGGUGCCCAUUGGUAUCCAAUCCAAAUCUAUACAGUACACUUCGGAUAUUCAAACAACCAUGAGGAGAACUAGGCAGGACGGAGUGAUCGGAAAUACCGGUAGCUUUAGGCAGUCCAAGAUGGAGUAUGGCUUCAAGCCUCCCAUGGUGCCGUCUGUACAAUACGACGAACAAACUGCUACCAAAGUGGAAUAGAUUGAGAAAAUAUUCAGAAAAUUCUGACGAAUUACAUUUAUUUAUUGCUUCGUGAUGCGACUGAUUGAAGAAAAGAAAACUGAAUACUUUUUGUUUACGGAUUGUAAAAGAGGGUGCGGGUUUCUAACG